AUGGCGCGCCCGCUCCUCACGCACAACCUCGUGGCUCUCCUCGUCGGCAUCGCGACGGCCGCGCUCCUACUGGGCCUCGCGCUCGUUCAGCAGCAGCCCGUCGAGACUCGCCAGGCGGCCGCGCCGCAGGCGCUGGCGGCGUCGCCCGCCGCGGCGGACGUGCCGAUCCUCAGGCUGUGGCGUCGCCCCUGCCCUGGCGGCCGCGCCGGCUUCGCAUGCGACGUGCAGUGGGACCUGCAGGACCGCUUCCUGCCCGAGGGGAGCAGGUGGCUGUCGGAGUGGAGGUCUGUCCGUGGCGCGGCGACGCAGUGCCAGCGAGGCUUCUUCACGGCCCUCGCGGCGCGCAUGACGGCGGAGCGCGGGCUGGCCCGCAUGACGGCGGAGCAUUGGUUGGCCGAGUGGGACGAGCAGCCGUUCCGCAUCGCCGCCACACCGCCACGCACGAUCGGAAAGAUGGCGCACACGCUCGCGUCGACCAGGCAGCCGAUGGUGCCGGGGGAGAGGUAUGUCCCUCUGCCGCAGCCCGGCUUCCGCUGGAACGUCCUCGACUACGGCGGCCCCAACACCAUCUCCUCUCCGCUGCGCAACAGCCGCCGCUGCGGCGAUCUGGGCGUCGCGCUGGCAAUGCCUGUGGCAGCGCCGUGA